GGCCAAUUUUAAAAUUCAGACAAUCUGCUAAGGUAGUGAUCAUGACUACAGAGUACACUAGCCUAUUUUCAGCCUAGCAUGGAUUUGUGGGUGAGCUUGUUUAUGUGCUCUUUGUUGAUAGCUUAGGAUUGGGCAGCAAUCACUUGUUCCAGCAGCCACAUCAUAACCAUGCCAUGAAACCCACACCCUCCUGGCUUCAGAGUCAAAAAAAGGACUGCCUUUUUGUGAUUCAUUCUGCAUGGUUUUGUAUAUAUGUACUAUAUUGUGUCUUCAACGACUUCGAGCGCCUUCUGCCCACUGUCUAGGGAUUCCUGGAGUGUUCGCUUAUGCAUUCCACUUACCUUGGUACUAGACGGACCAAAAAUAGCGGUUUUUGUCGGGUUUCGAGGUUAUCUUCCAAGCCUUUUCCUCGGAGGAGCUUUGGAAGAUCUUUCCUCGGCGAAAUCACAACCUCAUGCCGUUUAAUAUUACCAUUGAUCACGCAACUUCCCAUAGUUCGGAUCAUUCAUCUCUGAGCGACGAGGAAGAUUCAUCGGGCACAGGGGUUGAAGUUUCACCCCCUUCAGCAACGGCAAGCCACGAUUACCAUGACCCUUAUGAUGUCGGUGGCCCAUGGGACCAUCUUUCCUAUCCCGAUGAGCUGAAGCCCUCUGACUCUGCCUCAAGACCGCGAACAUCCCAUUACCACCAUGCGACCGUUGAUAGCGGUCGUGCUAGAUCAACCAGGCACCAAUCUGCUCGGAGACGCGCUACACAAGAACGAGAGCCACUCGCACAUCGGUCACGCCACCACCAUACACCCCAUCCUAUUCCUGAGCCUGAAAGUGAAGACUCGUCUGAAGAUUACCUCGAAUAUCCUCCAGGCCCACCUGAAAGGCGAUUUUGGCCCCCAAUUGCUCCCGUGCCACCCGGCGGAUACUCCCAUAGCACUUCGUCGGGCCCAUCGUACGGUUCCUACCAGCAUGGAAAUACCGCCCAUGGGCCAUUACAUUUGCAUGCUCCGCCCCCUGGCGUACCAUCAAAUCAAUUGGUGCAAUUCGGGCCAAUGAGUCAUAUGGGGCUGAUGGGCCAUAUGAAUCAUUAUGGCGUCCCUGGGCCGUAUCCAUAUGGUCCAGGGUUUCCCGGGUCAGGGCACCCGAUGCCUCCAGCUUAUUUCGGCAAUUCUGAGCGCCAUCAUUCUCCUCCACCUCAUCACCAUCAGCGCCCCCGAAGCCACUCCGGAGGACAAAGGGAUGCCGAGAGCCCUCCACCAACCCUUGCACAUCCAGUUCCCAGCCGCCUCAAUUCACAUUUUCCCGGCGCGCCAUUUAUCGCGCCGGAUAUGGUACCGUUUCACCCGCACUCUGGUUACUUCCACUACGGCCAGCACUAUGGCUUUCCGCCAGAGAUGAUGCCGCCCCGGUAUUAUCAUCCUUACCACCCUGUCCCUUCUCCACCGUCGCAGCAACCGGAAAAAGAGAAAACGCCACCUACACCACCGCCGCCAGGUCCUCCUCAGCCAGACCCCAAGGACGAAGCAAUCGCACGACUUGAAAAACUCAUCAUUGACGAGAGAAUGGAGCGAGAAGCCAGGGAAGCAGCUAAGGAAGCGGCUCUCGAAAAAGCUGCCCGCGAUAAAGCAGCUGCUGAGGCGCGUGCCGCUGCUGAGAAGAAAAUUGCGGAAGAGGCAGCUGCAAAAGCAACAGCAAUUGCCAAAGCGGAAGCCCAGGCAGAAGCGGAGAAACUCAAGGCGGAAGCGAAAGCUGAAGCGGAAAGGUUGAAAUUAGAAGCUGAAGAGAUGGCUGCCGAAGAAGCCGCCAAAGCUAAAAAAGCUGCCGAAGAGGCAGCCACCAUAGCCAUAGCAGAAGCUGCGGCGGCGGCCACCGAAGCAGCGAAUAUGAAGGCCGCCGAGGCCGUGGCUGCUGCUACCGCAGCCGCAAACAAACCAGCACCUGAAAAGAAGAAACCUGUGAAGUUUAAAGAUGCUGUUGGAAGAAAGUUCAGUUUCCCUUUUCACUUGUGCAACACAUGGCAGGGUAUGGAAGAGCUGAUCCGCCAAGCCUUUCUCCAUGUCGAUGUAAUUGGUCAACAUGUCGCUGAAGGCCAUUAUGACCUUGUCGGUCCCAAUGGAGAUAUUAUUCUUCCACAGGUAUGGGAGACGGUGGUGGAGCCGGACUGGACCAUAACGAUGCACAUGUGGCCAAUCCCCGAGAAACCAAAGGAGCCAGAUCCACCACCACCGCCGCUGCCGCCGCCAGAGCCCGAGGAGCCCGCUGUUCUCGAUGUCAAACCAACUGCCGAAGACAUAGUCCCGGAGGAAGCUGACGCAGAACCCCUUCCUCCUCCCGCCGUUCCCAAAAAGCCUCGACCUCCACCUAUUCCAGGGGCUUUCGCCUUGUGGAUGACAGGUACCCGAGCGAGACCAGUGCGGUCUUUAAAAGUGGGAAAAAAGCCUGAAGUAGUACAACAGCAUGAUGAGGCCUGCUCAAUCAUGUGAUGCCAAUUGGAGCUUUGGCAGCCCCGAUUAUUCCACCAAAGCUUUUGAUACUCGACUCUGGAAAUCUUUACAAUAUGGACUCGGGUAGUGGGUGACGUAUUUUGGAGAGGCUGAAGUAAGACGAGCAAAUUGCGCUAAGGUGAAACCAGCACAUUCGUCGCCGUUCAAGGGUGACGGCUGAUGUCUCCAGCAGUUGUAGUCUCAGUCUCCUUUAAUUUUAAACCUGUCAAUCACUAUUGGCACUCACUUGACAAUGACUACUUUAGGGAGAUAUGGCUUUUCCUCCUGGCUUUGAUCGGGAUUGGUUUCUCAUAUCUCAGAUGGGGACGCUGAUGAUGUCUAUUUCAUAUUGGACUUAUGAGUUGAUGAUAAAUUUAGUAUUGUUUUUCGUCUCUCUCCCCUCUUCUCUUUUCUGUUUUUCUUUUUUGGGUCUACAAUGGGGUCAUAAGGGAGUAUGUGUGCUGCGAGCAAUUGUGACCUGAGAAAAGAAACCCAUGAUGAUUGAAAUUGAUGAUUCAGUGAAUAUAAGUUAUGAACCUGUUUGUUAAUG